AAAGAACUUUGUGUAUAGCCAAACACUACCUAACUCAAUAGCAGCCAAAAGCAAAGAGUUCAGAGUUUAAAGUACAGCCGUCGCUCACAGAAAGAGCUAAUGGAGUCGUCAAUUCUACACACUUGCACUACAAUCUAUACACACACUCAUACAUCUUCACUCACUCUCAGAAGCCCAUUUUUUCACUUAUCAAAACGCACCCACAAGAUGCGCAUUUCGCCUCAGUCUCUAACAGUGUCUUGCACUGCCCAUAAGAAUGAGGUGGAGCUGAAAGAGAAAGAAACGAAGUUGUGGGGCGGGCGGUUUGAGGAGGGGGUCACUGAUGCGGUGGAGAGGUUUACGGAGUCGAUAUCGUUCGAUAAGGCGCUUUAUAAGCAGGAUAUUAUGGGGAGCAGGGCUCAUGCGACUAUGCUUGCACACCAGGGAUUAAUUGAAGCAGGCGACAAAGAUAUAAUUCUUAAAGGUCUUGAUCAGAUUGAGAAGGAAAUAGAAAUGGGUAAAUUUGUGUGGAGGACUGAUAGGGAGGAUGUGCACAUGAAUAUUGAAGCUGCUCUUACUGAUUUGGUUGGUGAACCUGCAAAGAAGCUUCACACUGCUAGGAGUCGAAAUGAUCAAGUUUCAACUGAUUUUCGCCUGUGGUGUCGAGAUGCCAUUGACACAAUUAUUUCUCGCAUCAAGCAUCUUCAGUCUGCACUGGUGAUCCUGGCUAAGAAGAAUGAGGGCCUGAUUGUUCCUGGUUAUACACAUUUGCAGAGGGCACAACCUGUGCUACUGCAACAUCUCCUUUUAGCAUAUGUUGAGCAGCUUGAACGUGAUGCAGGACGUUUACUAGAUUGCAGAACUCGACUUAAUUUCUGCCCUUUGGGUGCAUGUGCAUUAGCUGGUACUGGCCUUCCCAUAGAUCGAUUUAUGACUUCUGAUGCUUUGGGUUUCAGCGCUCCAAUGAGGAACAGCAUUGAUGCAGUUUCAGAUCGAGAUUUUGUUUUGGAGUUCCUUUCAUCUAAUUCCAUCACUGCCAUUCAUCUUUCUCGGCUUGGUGAAGAAUGGGUAUUGUGGGCAUCAGAGGAGUUUGGCUUUAUAACUCCUAGUGACUCUGUAUCAACUGGAAGCAGUAUUAUGCCACAAAAGAAGAAUCCAGAUCCAAUGGAACUUGUUCGUGGGAAAUCUGCUAGGGUUGUUGGAGAUCUAGUUACCCUUCUUGUUUUAUGCAAGGGACUUCCUCAUGCUUACAACCGUGAUUUACAGGAAGAUAAGGAGCCUGUAUUCGACAGUGUCAAAGCAAUCAUAGGAAUGCUUGAAGUGUCGGCAGAAUUUGCACAAAAUAUUACCUUCAACUCAGAGAGGAUACGUAAUGCUUUACCAGCAGGCCAUCUUGAUGCAACUACACUUGCAGAUUAUCUGGUGAAGAAGGAUAUACCAUUUAGGACCUCUCAUGAUAUAGUUGGAAGAUCUGUUGCGUUGUGUGUAUCCAAAAACAGUCAGCUUCAGGACUUGAGUCUUGAUGAGUUGAGAAGUAUUAGUCCAGUUUUCGAUCAAGAUGUAUAUGAGUAUCUUGGUGUAGAAAAUUCAAUCAAGAAAUUCAGCUCAUAUGGAUCUACAGGUUCAGAAUGUGUUGCUAGUCAAAUGGACUACUGGAUGACAAGGCUCAGCAUCAACAGCAAUGCAUAAUGUCUUGCAAGGAAUCUGUAUUUGAAAGGCUUGCUUCAUGCUAUUACAUGUGCAACUACAUAAUUGCCGCAUCAAGGACUAGCUAGAACUGGUAAAGAAAAGCUCAAUUUUCUGUGGCCCACCACAAAGAAUGUAUUAUGGAAUGAGCACAGAAAGGCAUAUACAUUGUUUUUUUCCGUUAGGCUUAAUCUAUCUUCUCAUCUUUAAAGAGCCUGUUGUAACUGUUGAAAGAAUUAGAGAAUAUGAUGUGAAAAAAUUUAUGAAUGGUUGCAACUUCAACCAGCUUGCUGGGACAAGUUAUCAAGUAGGAAAAAUUAUGAGCAGAAUGAAUUUUUCAUUAAAAUUUUAAAGCGCUUUUUGUGAA